GCAGACACAUAACAUGGCCAUCUUGUUAUUCAUUGGACAGGCAGAUUCAAUUUCUCUCUCUCAUUUAUCUGCCUAAACUCAUCAGUACCAUCUGCACUCUCUCCAACCAAAAACCACAUCUCUCAUUUCUCUAUCCAUAACUGUUUCUGAGUGGGAAUUUUCAGGGUACAAACGGUUUGUCAUUUUUUUUAACGGUAAAGAGAGUCUAUUUCUUGUUGGGGUAGAUCUUAACUUGAAUUAUUGCACAAUGUUGGGAGAUAUCUAGUUUAUUAUUGUUUUAGACAUACAUGACGUGACAUGACAUAAUAAGAAGCAGGAUAUCUCAGCCUUGAUUCUGCUUUAGAAUUUCCCGGUAACCUUUGCAUUAUUGAGCAAUAUAUUAAGGGGCUGUGGAGCCUCCAUCGUGAAGCGAAGCAAAAUAUACACAUGAAAGCACAUGGCCUAUAUUUCUCUCUUUUUUUGAGUAGGCAGGCACAGCCGCACAUGUACAUGACCUACAGGUUCCUGGGCUAUCCAAGGCAAAACAAAUCGAGACACCUGUCCUCACAUUCAGUUGCCAGGUUCCAGUUCCCUCCCUUGAUAUUUCCCUACAUAUAUUCGCCUCUCACUGCCAUCUUCAUUCACCAACCACAGCACUCAUCUCCUUAACUAACUCUCAUCUCCAUAACUAUCAAUAUGACGGUUUCUGAUGGGAGUUCUGCAGAUGGCAAGAAAUCCCUUUCUGAUCUAGCUCCUCUGGAAGCAGUCCUUUUUGAUGUUGAUGGAACUUUGUGUGAUUCGGACCCGCUUCACUACUAUGCAUUCCAAGUUGUGCUUCAAGAGUAUGGUUUCAAUAAUGGGGUCCCAAUUACGGAGGAAUUCUUUAUUCAAAAUCUUGCUGGAAAACACAAUGAUGAGAUUGUGAAGAAUCUCUUCCCCAAAGACAUUGCAAGGGGCUGGAAGCUCACCGAUGAUAAGGAAGCACUGGUUAGGAGAAUGGUUGCAGAGAAGUUGGAGGCUAUAAAUGGCCUUUACAAAGUGACGAAAUGGGUUGAAGAUCAUGGACUGAAGCGUGCAGCUGUUACCAAUUCUCCAAGAAUAAAUGCUGAACUCUUCAUCAACAAACUUGGCCUCACAGAUUUUUUUGAAACUCUUAUUGUAGGGUGCGAAUGUGAGCAUGCCAAGCCUCAUCCAGACCCCUACUUGAAGGCACUUGAAGUACUCAAGGUGUCUAAGGACCACACAUUUAUAUUUGAGGAUUCUGUGUCUGGGAUAAAAGCUGGAGUUGCAGCUGGGAUGCGAGUUGUGGGUAUAACCACCAGAAACCCAGAGGGUUUGCUCAUGGGAGCAAAUCCUACCAUUCUUAUAAAAGACUACAAUGAUCCAAAACUAUGGGCAGCUUUGGAGGAGCUUGAGAAGAAGGGAAUUCAUGCAGGAAAUGCAGCUUGAAUAUAUGCUUCUUAGCAAAGGAGUUUCUUAUCUAUCAGAAGUGAACUGAAUAAUAAGCUUUUCGAAGCUGUGUGCUCCCCACCACCCCUUUCUCCACCCCUGGCCCUCCAUCAUAAAUUAUAUGUGUACCAAUUACUACUUUUCCUAUGAUAUGUUGUCAUGUGUACCGUUGCCUUCUAUAAUCUAAGAAAUUUGCAACACUGGUGUUUCACGUGCUUUACUUUCAUGAUUUCCUUCUGUAUGAUUUCCUUAUAUAUAAACAUUGGGAGGGAGGAUUAGAAUAUAUCUUUGGAGGAUGG